AUGAGCGGAUCCAUCCUCACCCCAAGGUCCUUGUCGCUCGCGGCAGUCUGCUUCCAGUCGACCGCCCUCGCUAUUGUACUCCAUGUUUCGCAGGCGAACCUCGAACCGGGUCAGGCUCAGUACAAGGCGGCGAGUGCUGUCCUCCUCACCGAACUCGGCAAGCUCGUCUUCUCUCUCCUGCUCGCCCUCCGGGACACUCUGAAGGAAAGGGCAACUCUCCUCGCUCCCCGGCAUAACCUCCCCUCGCCCGAACUGUACAUCCAAAACGAGCCGAAGGACGAGAAGGAGCUAUGGCGAGACGACCCCUACGACACCUCCCGAGGAGACGGCGCACGGGAACCUCUCAUGGGCUCUCGCAACCAGCUUCGUCGCCGUUCUUCCGUCACUCGGCCUCCUUCCCUCGCCAUCACCUUCGACAACGGCCCGCUCUCGCCUAACACUGCCAAGUUCCCCGAGCGCGCCAGCUUCGCCAACUUUCAAUGGCCAACCAAGCCAAUCUCGGGCUUGGUCGCGGAGAAGCUGGAGAAGAUCUCGAUGGAGGGCGUGAGUGCCAAGCCUGAUCCGCAAGUCAUGCGGUUGCUGGACGACCCGAAGAUGUGGGUGCGGAGACGGCGGUUAGGCGCCGUGAGGAUGCUCCUCGAGGACAUUUUCGGCGGAGACUGGUGGAAGAUGGCGGUUCCUGCGGUGCUCUUUGCGGUUCAGAACAACCUGAUCUACGUCGCCGCUCGCAACCUCUCCGUCCCUGUCUUCCAGAUCACCUUCCAGCUCAAAACUCUCAUCACCGCAAUUUGCGCCGUCCUGAUGCUCGGCCGUCGCCUCGGCGCCUUGCAGUGGGUAUCGCUCGUCACCCUCGGCCUUGGCGUCGCGACGAUGCAGCUCGGAGCGAUUCAGGCGCGCGCAAAGGACGGACACGGACACCAGGCGAUGGCGAGUCCCGAGUCGAUGAACUACGUCGCCGGUGUGACGGCAGUUCUCGUCUCCUGCUUCUCGAGCGCCUUCGCCGCGACCUACUUUGAGCUGGUCCUCAAGCGAAAACCCGUCGUUCCGCCUGUCGAAGAGGCGCUCCUCGUCGCUCCGCCUACGAUCAAGCCCGCCAGUCUCUGGGUCCGCAACAUCCAGCUGAGCCUUUUCAGCGCGGUGAUCGGCCUCUUCGUCGUUUUCUUCCAGGCAAACGACGUCCACAUCCACGCCGUCGGGGGUCUCUCACUCGACUUCAAGGGCUUGUUCGACCCGCUCGAGCACUGGUACGACCCGGUCGUCAGGGCUGGCAGCGGCUUCCUCGAGGGCUUCACGCCGCUCGUCUGGACCGUCAUCUUCCUCCAGACGGUCGGCGGUCUCUGCAUCGCAGUCGCCAUCAAGUACGCCGACAACGUCGCCAAGGGCUUUGCGCUCUCCGUCUCGAUCGUCUUCACUUUUCUCCUCUCCGUCAUCCUCUUCAACUUCCAGCUCUCCAUUCCCUCGGUCGUCGGCGGUCUUGCCGUCGUCCUCUCGACCAUCAUCUUCGAAGUCUCACCGAAGGACAUUCGGCAACUCUUCGAGACGGACGCCUACGGAAACAAGAAGCCCCUCUUGCGAAGAUGGCACGGUCUCCUCCUCCUCCUGCUCGGCACGACGUUCGCAGCGGCCCUCCUCCCGUCCCGGCAGUUCCCCCUCCCGAACGCCUGGGAAAUCGUCAAGGAGAAGCACGAGAAGCACAUCAACCUGCACCACCAGCCGACAGUCGCCGUCGCCGACAUGCGGCAGAUCAACAACCUCAUGGUCAAGGCAGCCGGCGUGUGCGGCUGGGGAACCCGUCCUCAUCGCGAGACGACCAAGUCGGCCUUCGGUCCUGCGCACCCUGUCCCGUCCGACUACCCAUACUGGGUGGCCAACACGGAUCAGUACGCCCUCGACGACAUCCUGACGACCAAGUUCGCCACCUACGCCAAGACGGUGUCUCUCCUCUCUACUCCCGCGCCCGACUUCAUCUUCCUUCCGCUCCUCUCGCAAAUGUGGUCGAACCCGUGGGGCUGCCAAGCGCCCGAGCUGAAGGAGGCGAUUGAGCGGACGACGAAUUACGUCCGCGACCUCGCUGCAAGCGUCGGCAAGACCGACUACCCUCGCAUCGUCCUCCCGAUCGCGACCAUCCGGAGUAACCUCGAGAGCGUCUUCACGACCGAGCUUAUGGAGGAGCUGCGGGACAGCGUCGUCUUUGUCUCAAUCGAGAAUGCACCGAAGAACGUUCGAGAGGGCAUGAAGUACACGAUUGACGUUCCUUAUCCUACGGCUUUCCACCUGUCGAAGCUUGCGGACGGCCAGAAGACAGACGUCGGCAACUAUUUCCUCGACGCCGAGCGCCCUUACCUGCUCCACUACGCCGCCUCCGCUACGCACCCCUGGGGUCUCCCCGCCAGCGACCCCUUCAACGGCUUUGCCCUCCGCGCCGUCCUGCACAAAGAGUUCAAGUCCUACGUCGACUCGCCGCCGAUCAACGCCUCGUCGCGGAUCCUUUUCGACGACAUCAAGCUGUCGGUCGACGGCGCGCAGAACCUCACGCUCUUCCACGAGCACAUGGCGAGCGCGACGUUCUGCCCAAUGCCAGCUGGCGACUCUCCGACCCGCCGAGCAUUUUACGAGGCCAUUCAGCUCGGCUGCAUCCCCGUCAUCUUCCGCGAGAAGAGCUUCGGCAGGCUCUUGCCCUCGUCGCCUGAGGUCAACGACCUCACCAAGUACACGGUCUUCGUCGACGAGACGGAGAUGAUCAACGGCGUCGGACCUUCGCUCAUCGACCGUCUGCAGGCGAUCAGUCCUGUCGACGUUCGGCGGAAGCAGCAGCACCUCCAAAGAAUCGCUCACAAGAUGCAGUACUCGAUCGACGAGGAGGAUGAGCAGUGGCUCGAGGCGGCGUCGACGACUCCUGCGCCGGCUGGCGUGACCAAGUACAACCGCACGCUCGAGCUCGAAAAGGAGGCGCGACACCCCGUCUCGCUCGAUGCGUUCGGCAUGAUCCUCAAGGAAUUGCGGACGAUCAAGGAGGGCAAGUGGGUUCCCGGGGUUGCGAAGGACUUGAGGGCGGGAAUGAAGGCGUUCGGCAGGCCCGGACGUCGAUGA